AUGCCUGAAACUAUGCGAGCAGUGGAUAUCAAAGAUGGCAAAGGCCAUGCCGAUGCCCUUUUCAUUAAUGAUUCAACGCCCAAGCCUACCGCUCAAUCGGGCGAAGCUAUCGUCAAAGUCAAAGCUUUCGGUCUUAACCGCAUGGAUCUUCUCCAACGUGAAGGCCUCUAUCCUGUUCCACCACAAGCUCCCAAAACUCUCGGUGUGGAGUUUUCUGGUACGAUUGAAAGUUUAGGCACAGAUAUUAAAGAUGGCUUUAGUGUUGGAGAUGAGGUUUUUGGUUUGGCGUAUGGAGGUGCAUAUGCGGAGUACCUUGCUGUGAGCACGCACAUGCUAUUGAAGAAACCGGAUCAUUUGAGCUGGGAAGAGGCAGCUGGUAUUCCUGAGACAUGGAUAACAGCUACUCAAGCUAUGUAUCUCGUCGGCGAAUUCUCCCAAGGGAAGUCCAUUCUCUGGCACGCAGGCGCAUCGUCCGUCUCAAUCGCCGGCAUUCAACUCGCAAAGAACUCCGGUGCAUCAGCUAUCUAUGUAACAGCAGGAUCACAAGAAAAGAUCGAUUUCUGUGUCAAUACGUUAGGAGCAACAGCAGGCUUCAACUACAAAACACAAGAUUGGGCCAAGGAGAUUACCGCUGCUACAGAUGGCAAGGGUGUUGAUAUUAUUGUUGAUUUCGUAGGAGCAAACUACUUCCAGGGAGAUCUGGAUGUAGCAGCAAAAGAUGCGAGAGUUGUGCUUUUGGGAGUGAUGAGUGGGACGAAAUUACCAAGUGGUGUUGAUAUGGGUGCGUUCAUAUUCAAGAGAGUUAGAUUUGAAGGAAGUACGUUGAGGAGUAGAGAUGUGGAUUAUCAGGGCAAAUUGAGAGAUAAGUUGGAAGAAUACCUUCCUAAAUUUGAGGAUGGUACAUUCAAGAUUUUUGUGGACAAAGUUUUCCCUUGGGAAAAGGUGGUUGAGGCCCAUAAGGAAAUGGAGAAAAACACUAGUAAGGGGAAGAUCAUCUGUACAAUUUCUUAG